AUCAUAAAUAAUGUUGAGAAAUAACACUUCCCUGUUUGUCAAUUUUAUGUCGAGUAGAUGUCACUGAUUGUUAUCGGACCAACUUGAAGACAGAAAACAUGGAAUUUUAGAGGACAGGCUGAACAAUAUUAUUGGAACUAAAUAUUGAGAAUGACAGACAUGAAGGAGGUGAUGAAGAAAUGUGUUUGUUUUGUUGCGACCACCAUAACAUGUGUUUCAUUGACAAGUGCAGCCCCUGUGAAUGACUCCACCGACACCAGUAGCAGUUGGUACCUGACACACCCUGUUGCUAUAUCUAUCUUGUCUGUAUGUGGCCUUAUUCUCACUGCAAUCGUCUUCCUAGUCCAGUGUGGAGGGUGUACAGAGAUGGAGGUAGGUUCAGAAAAUCACCCGGCUGCGGGAGGGGGAGGUAAAUCUGCGGGUGGCACUGUGACAUAUUCUUCUCCAAUGGAUACAAACUAUGACUCUAACACUGGAGUCACUGGUUUACCAUACUCUCUGAAUCCAAACAUGAACACAACACAAGGCUUCGCUGGAUAUCAAACUGUAGGAGGUAACAAUAUAGCAGGAUAUGGACAGGGAAAUAUGCAAACAGCGGGUGGCUAUCAGGCUCCGAUGUCGCCUAGUGCGCCCUCAAUACAGACUCAGGGUUACCAAGUACAGAGUCAGCCACGCCCUCCCGCACCAGGCCCACAUGCUCACAGGCCAGCGGUGGAGCCGCCGCCACCAUCUUAUAAUGAAAGUGUUAAUAAUGCAGCAAGCGGCCAUGGAUGGCUCACCCGCACUCCGACUUCCUAAUAUAAAUGUUCGUGAUAAAAAUUGUACUACAAUGUAUUUCAAAAGGAAUCUCUGCUACUAUGUAACUAUCAAUAUCUCAUCAAUUGUGUUUGAUUAUACUGAAUAAGAACAAAAAUGAUCUUCAUUGAUCUGGAGAUUGUUCCCAAUGAUGUGAUGGAUAUUUUAUAAGAGUGUCAUGAUAGAAUAUGAUGUGAUAGAUCUUUUAUAAGAGUGAUAGAAUAUAAAAUCAUGUAAAUACCAUGUUUGCUCAUGUUAGCUGGUGCAUGUAUUUACUGAGUAUUAAUUCACCUAUACUUGAUUCGACAUAAACAACUGUCAUUCAGAGAAAUGUUUCCAAUAUUUUCGUUUUUCUAUGUGAACUUUUCUCAGUUGAUUCUCAGGCAAUCUUCCCAUAGUGUUUAUUCCCAUCCUGCUCAAAAGGGAUAGAAGGUGUUUAUUUCAGCUAUGUGAUAUAUAGAGGUUACACAACGAGUGAUUGUUGGAUAGGGAAUUAAUUUCACACGAGUAAGUUAUUUUUUAAAAGUUACAAAAGA